UUUAAUAUGCUGGCAUUUGAAAGUGAACUUUGGCGAGUGCAAUUUUAUCUAUGGAUCUUAUACCUAAUCAUCACUCCGUAUUGCUUGAACUCUCCUCUUUGUUGUACCUCUUCAGUUGAACCUUAGAACCCUAAACAUGGACUGAAUCGCAUCAGCGAAACUGCUUUGUAAUUGAUAAUUGGCUAAAACUUUACUUUGUUUUUGUGCGCGUUCUUGUGUUUGCAAAUGAAAUAGAUAACAAGGGUUAACAGCCAUUGUUGUUAUAAAUCCCUACCUCCAACUUUUUUCAAGUUUAUCGAUAGCUUUCGUAUGAGCCAUACUGGAAGACUUUAACGAGUACAACUUUGAUUUUUGGAUCAUCUUUAAAACAUAAGAAAAAAGUUUAUUUAAAAGAAGAUAGAAAUAACCAUAACUUAUACAAAUAAACAAGAAAAGUUGAUGAAUAUGGAAUAAAUCUGUUUGAAUGUCAUCUACGAAUUCUAUAAGCUAUGGCAUGGAAAAUUUCAAGUUGGCCCAUUUUCCGUUCGCUCAUCAUCGCACAGUUACAAGUUCAUCUCUUCGCAAAUGUGAUAAGAUUAGCAGCUCUGAAGUGUAUUAAAAAAACCUCUUGUCCUGUUUUAGAUAAUUUAUCAUGUGCUGUUAAUAAAGUCCGCAAAAUUCAGAUUCAUCUGAAAGACAUCCGUAUUAAGCAGAAAAAGAAUGAUUAUUGGAUCCAAGUAAAAUUGACUUCAUAUGAUGAUUUAAUUAAACAAGGAAAUCAGUCUUUAUUUGUAAAAUUUUCAUUUGAAGAAGGCCAUACCUGUUAUCAAUUUUCAAUACCAUUAUUCUUUUUUACAUCUUCAAAGGACAUCUUACUUCCUUGCUUUCGAAUACAGAUGCUACAGAGAAACUAUUUGAGACUUUUCCUCUCUGUCCAUCGUGAAACUGAUGAAGUAAUUUCAAUUCAAGCCAUGAAAUACUCAUUAAAUAAUAUUACUGAUGGUCAGUGGCUUGGAGGCAGUGUGUUCAAAGCUACUUAUGACUUUGAUGAUGAAUUAAUUUAUUUCUGUCUGAAUACUGUUCAGGAUUUAAAAUGUCCAUUUAAUAAUAGCAUUGCUAUUUACAAAUCAUAUCCAGAUGAUGUUUGCAGUAUUAAACAAGCUCCAAUAUACAGUAAAACACUACCGCCUGAUGGCAGAUUAAAUAUUAGCCGAGAGGUUCUGUCACUUUGUCAAAAAUAUUGCAUCUACGUUAUUUUCAGUAAAAGUCAGCAAUGUGGAGCAUUGCAUCCAAAAUAUUUCAUUGAUGUUGCUUUCAUCCAAUUACCUACUGCAGUUUCUGAUACAGUGCCAACAACAAUUUCUUCUACAAUUUCUACUUCAAUGGCAGUGGAUACUGAUGAAUUUCACACUGUUAUUCCUGAACAUGAUUGUGAAAAGUGGAAUUUUACCAUUGAUGUUAAAGUUAUUGAAAAAAAUAUAAUUGCAACAGUAUUUCUCUGGCCCGAAUAUGAAUUGUGUUUUAGUUCUUAUUAUAUGUAUUUGUACAAAUUUUCUUCCCCAACUUGUGAUCCAGAUUGUGGACAUCAAACGUGUAAAACAUUUAAAUUUGAGGCAGGACCCAAUAAUAAGGAAAUUUUAAAAGUUUACAAAAAUGUUGACAUCUGUUUCUACUGUAUAUUGGUUGUGCCAUUUUUAAAUAGAUCUCCAGUAUUUGAGUGGACAAGAGAUUCUGGUUCAUUUAAUGUUUCUGAAACUGUUGCGAGUAACAACACAAAAGUGGAUCAAAGAGAGAAUGAUCCAAAAUUUCCCUCCAAAGUGAUUGUAGCAAUUGCUUUUCUGUUGUUUUUUACUGUUUUUGCAUUAUGGUCCUGUUCCGAGCAUAUCAGAAGAUCUAAAAUAAAAACCGAUAAAGUUCCUGAGAAAAGUAAUGAAAUAGAAGAGAGAGAAAGCAUACCUUUGUUGCCACUGGUCGUGGAUACUGUCUACCUUUUUCAUCCUGGCGAUGAUGAUCCCGUAGCGGAUAAAGUUUUAUGGUUAAAGCAGUUUCUUCAGGAAGACGCACAGUUCAAUGUCGUUACUUUAAGGGAUGUCCUGCCUGAAUACUUGAAGCGACCCAAUAGAUAUAUUUCUGAGAUGUUGAGUUGUGAUUGUUCUGGAACUGGACCAUAUUGUACGAGCAAGAAGAAAUUUAUUGUCAUCAUCUCUGAGAAAGUUCUAUAUGAUUUUCAUGACAGCAAUCAUAUAUGGAAAUUUCAGGAAGAAAAAGCGUUUCGUGAAGUGCUUGAGUUCGUUGAGUGUACCGACUGGAGAAAAGCCUAUUGUCAUUUGUUUUUAGUUGUUUUCAACGAAAGCAUUUGCAUCGAUCAUAGAUUCAAGAGCUUCCUUCCAACGACAACCUAUGGAGUCGCCUAUGUUAUGCCAAACGGUGUGCUAAAUUUGUGCACGAAACUAAAUCCCGAAAUUUCGAGUCAUUUGCCUAUAGAGAACUUAAGCAUCCUGUUGGAGCAGUAGAAUAUCAGGAAUACUGGAUCGGAAUUGCAAAAGCUUAUUCUAUGAGGUGUCUACCGCUCAUGAAACUCAAAUUGUGGUCCUGAAUUUUCUUUUCUUGGGCAGAUAUCGAGAAUACGACAAAUUUGUCCCUCGAAAAAUUUUUAAUUAUUCGAUAAUCAAGUGCUUAGUUGCAAAGAAAAACAAUUAAAACAAUCUUAUGUGUGAAUUCUAAAAUAAGAAAAAUGACUUAAAAUAAUUUGUUUUAAAUCAUUCUGAGGUUUCUUGGCUGCUUUUGAAAAUUGCUAUAUGCCCGGUUUCUAACUAAUUAAUUUCAAUUUAAGCACAAUAAUUUUUAUUGAGUAAUUUAAGUUCUUAACUUGCUUUUAAUUAAUUACAUGUAAGAAAAUAGUCCUUACUUGUUGAAGUAUGUAAAAAGGCACUUAUUGAGAAUAGAAUAUGUGGGUUUUCCAAAAAGAAAAAUAGCGAAUGCAGAUGAUUAAGUUUUUUUCUAUCGCGCUGUCCUUUGCUAGUGCAAUGACACGUUUUUGAGGCCUAUAUCAAAACUGCAAAGGUCGCAGUGAUCUGGCGUGUUAAGAUCUCAACUUCAGGGCCAAAAAGCUUACAUCAAAGAACUAUCAUGUAAGUAAAUCUGGUGCACGUUCAAGCAGUCAGAGUUAUGUCCUCUCAUUGGUACGGUGUGAAAGUUUAGAGAAGCGGUACCCGAUUGGAAACCACCUUCGUCAUCUGAUUGUGGUUCAGAAUUAUAAGAGCCAUCCCCAUAUAGCUCUCAUAUUGCUUCAAAAUGACACAUAAAAAUAAAUGAACUAAACCAAAAAUGCAAAGUGGGAAAUCGAAGUUAGUAUUCUAUAGUUUCACAACUACUAUAUGCUAAAUGGAAUCACUUUUGUGGUAAUUUUUUGUUAUGUUUUAUAAAGGAAAGUAAUAACUUUGCCAUUUUCAGUUUUAUUUUAAAAUUAUUACCCAAGAUACCCUCAAGUGACUCGCGAGCCACAGUUCAGAGACCUUUAUAUCAUGGUCGCGAUUUUUUUUUUUUUUUUUUCCCUGUUUAGUUUGAGAAACUUAUUUUAUACGAAACUGUAAGAAUUGAGUUGAAAGUAAUGUAGGUUUUAGCUUACUUAAAAAAAAAAAAAAUGAAGUGCAUUAAAUGCGUUGAAAAGACAAGGUCAAGAAUUUUCUCUCUUGGAAAUGCGGUGGGCACAUCCUUUUUUUUAUUUAUACAGGGUCCUUACCUAGUCAAUUUAUUGAUGUAUGUACAAAUAAUUAUUAUAUGCGUAUUAUUUUGUGAAAAAUAUGUAUUGAUUUAUUUUUGAAAUAUAUAAAAUAUUUUUAAAUCUU